UCACUCUCUCUCUCCUCUCACCAUUAAUGGCAAUUACCCGAGACAUAACAAAGCAACAAGCAAUCAAAACCCCCUCACCAUGAGCAGCAGCAGCCGCGGCCGCCACUCCGCAUCCGUCGCCGGCGACGCUCUCGUCGCGGCCAUCGCCUUAUCGCUCGUCGCCCUCGCCACCGCCCUGCUCCUCCUCUGCCGACGAAUGCGGCGCGCCGACAAAGAGAAUUCCGGCAACACUAGCGGCGGCGGCGAUGGCAACGACGACGAGAGCAGCGUGACGGCGAUGCUGCAUGCGGCCCAGCCCCGGCCGCUGCGCGACAUCGAGUCGGCCACGGCCGGCUUCCACCGGUCACACGUCAUCCACGACGGCCCGCACGCCACGGUCUACAAGGCCGUGUCGGCGUCGGGGGACGUCUUCGCCGCGAAGCGCGUCCACCCGGACGUGGUUCUGCUCAACCCGGGCGUCGCCUUCGGCUCGGCGGUGAAGUCGCUCUCCUUCGCGGGCCGCCACCCGAACGUCGUCCCAGUGCUCGGCUACUCCGAAGCCCCCGGCGAGCGGAUCAUCCUCACCGAGUACGUCGCCGGCGUCAAGACCCUCGACAUCUGCCUGCACGGCAGCUCGCCCGACGGCACGCCUUUCGCCGGCCUGCUCCGCUGGCAGCUCCGCAUCCGCAUCGCCGCGGGCGCCGCCCGUGGCAUCGCCCAUCUGCACGGCGCCACCGCGCUCGGCAUCGUGCAUGGCGGGAUCAAGCCUGCCAACAUCAUGCUCGACGCGAACUUCUGCGCCAGGGUUUCCGACUACGCACUGCCAUUUCCAUUGCAAACCAAUAAUCGCAGCGGUUAUGACGACGGGGAGGGGCCGCCGUGCAAGGAGAGCGACGUGUACGCAUUUGGGGUCGUGCUGCUGGAGCUGUUGAGCGGAAGGAGGGGCGAGGAGGGGGCGGUGGUGGAGUGGGCGGUGCCGAUGAUACGGGCGGGGAGGGUCGGGGAGGUCGCGGACCGGAGGGUCGCGGCGCCGAGGGAUAUGCGGCCAAUCGAACGCAUGGCGAAGGUGGCAACGGCGUGCGUCGGAAAUGGCAGGAGGUGCCGGCCGUCUAUGGCGCAGGUCGCGGCCAUCUUGGGCAGCCUGCAGCUGCCGCCGUGCAUAUAAUAGAGUGGCGAGAUUUGGAUUAGAAUUUCCGUCGAUAAUUAAGGACAGAUUUUAUAGAAAUUUGACAUUAUUUAUUAAUUUUGAUUAUAUCACAAUUAAUGAAUUUAUCUGUGUAAAAUAGUUAUAUUUGAAGUGAAGUUGUUAGGUAAAAUUAUGUACUUACAAAAAAGCACGUGUAAAAUACUUGCUUAAAACUUUUAUAAGAGCUUCACUUUUACUUUUACUUUUA